AUGUCUUUCGCACAGCGUUUGGCGCACAACUCUGGGACUUCCAGGCAGCAGAUCAUUCAGCACUGGGUGAGGCAGCAGGUGGGGAACUUCGAGACAGAGUGUGGCAAGGUCAGCGAUCGCGGAGGCUACGUUGCCCGAUAUGACUGUCGAGUUAAUUCAAUGCCUUGUCUGGGGCACCACCGGGAGAUCGAGCCGUUCCGCCUGGCCUUGUUGCAGGCAUUGCAGAACCAUGGAUUUCGCAGCUUGAGCGUUGAGCAGGUUACACGUCUAUCGUGUCAGGUUUUGCACGUGGCUGCAUCCUGGGACCAGCUCGACGAAGCCGAAGGUUGCCAGGGUCCUGCAGGCGGCAUCGUCGCCUCGUGCGGCAUUUGUCAUGAAGACCGUCCUCUCGUGGCACUGGCUCCGUGCGGCCAUGUUCUCUGCAGUGGAUGCCAGCAACUGCUCAGGGACAAGCCGUGCCCCUUCUGCCGGCAGCCAGUUCAAGCAGUGACCAGGGGUAUCUUCGUAGACUGA